AUGAGUCGGACCAACGAUCCGAAUCCUUUUGACGAAGAAGAGCCUGAAGUCAAUCCAUUUUCGAAAGGUAGUGCUGCUCCUGGGUCAAAGUCUCGGAUACCUCAAUUUGUUUCAAAUACUCUGGGUUUCGGCCAAAAGCAUGAUGCGACUGUUGACAUACCCUUGGGCGCAAUGAAUGAUUCCAAUAAAAAACAGAAGGAGCUUGCAGAUUGGGAAGCAGAUCUUAACAGGCGGGAGAGGGAUAUAAAACGCAGGGAGGAAGCUGUUGCAAGUGCUGGUGUUCCCACUGACGAUAGAAAUUGGCCUCCCUUUUUCCCAAUAAUCCAUCAUGACAUUGCAAAUGAAAUACCUGUUCACGCACAGAGGCUGCAAUACUUAGCUUUUGCAAGUUGGUUAGGCAUUGUUCUUUGCCUCGUCUUUAAUGUUGUGGCAGUGACUGUAUGCUGGAUAAGGGGUGGUGGUGUUAAGAUUUUCUUCCUUGCUGUUAUCUAUGCUUUGAUUGGAUGUCCGUCAUCAUAUGUUGUUUGGUACAGGCCUUUGUACCGUGCCAUGAGGACUGACAGUGCCAUAAAAUUUGGUUGGUUCUUUUUGGCCUACUUGAUCCACAUUGGUUUUUGCAUAUUGGCAGCUAUUGCUCCCCCAAUCUUUUUCCAUGGGAGGUCACUUACGGGCAUUCUGGCAGCAAUUGAUGUCUUUUCUGACCAUGUUUUGGUUGGGAUUUUCUACCUCGUGGGAUUUGGCUUGUUUUGCCUGGAGUCACUUCUGAGCUUGUGGGUGCUUCAGAAAGUUUAUAUGCAUUUCCGUGGGCACAAGUGA